AUGACAGACUGCACUGUAUUUAGUGUUUUCUUCUUCAGUGCCUGGGGUGAGGCCCUGUUCCUCAUGUUACAGACUGUAGCCAUUGGGUUCCUCAUCAUGCACUAUGGAGGCAACACAGUCAAAGGUGUCCUGUUCCUGGGGGUGUAUUUUGGCCUGGUGGCUCUGCUGCUCUCCCCCUUCACCCCCAUGUCUGUGGUCAUGGCCAUGCAGGCCUCCAACAUGCCAGCUAUCAUCAUCGGCAGGCUGAUCCAGGUAGUGACUAACUAUGGGAACGGACACACAGGACAGCUGUCUGUCAUCACUGUGUUUAUGCUGUUCGCUGGCUCCCUGGCUCGUAUAUUCACCUCAAUACAGGAAACGGGUGACUCCCUGAUGGCCCUGACCUAUGUCAUAUCCUCUUCCUGUAACGGCCUCAUCGCUGCCCAGCUCCUGUACUACUGGAACAGCAGCUCCACACUGAAGAAGAAGACGGAGUAG